AUGGCUGACGAUCUCGAACCGCAGUCUCUCAAGAAGCUAGUCCUCCGAUCGCUGAAACGCACUUACGAGUUCUUCGAUUCGCAACAGAAGUCCGACGGAUUUGUUCGCGACCCAACCAGCCGUGCAAUUCGACAAGCAGUGAAGAUCCGCGACGAGUAUCUCGUCGUGCGCGAUCUCCCCCCGCCGCUGCCCGCGGGGCAAGCAAGCAAGGACUCCGCGCAGCCCGCGGGCGCAGGCGCGCCAGCCGGGGGGGCAGGCGCGGGCGGAAGCCUGCCGUCGCUGGCGGCGGUGGUGGAGCAGGCGGCGGCGCAGCCGCACGUGGGGCUCGCAGGGCCUCCCGCGGCCCCGUCCGCGCCUGGGAGUGCAGGCAGCAGUGCCGCUGGUGGCCUUGCACCCGGUGCCUCCAAUGCUAUCGUGCUCGCCUCCAGUUCCACAGGCCAGGGGGCCAUGGUGCCGCUCACGGCGCCUGGCGCUGCUGCGGCUGCUGCUCCCUCCAAUGCCGUCACCGUCGCAGACAGGUACAAGCCCAGUGCAGCCAUCAUUCGUCGUCUGCCUAGCAAGUGGCCUAAGCCGGAGUGGCACCCGCCUUGGAAGAACUAUCGGGUGAUCAGUGGGCACAUGGGGUGGGUGCGCUCGGUGGCAUUUGAGCCGGGCAACGAGUGGUUCUGCACUGGCUCUGCUGAUCGCACCAUCAAGAUUUGGGAGCUGGCAACAGGCAAGCUGAAGCUGACUCUCACAGGGCACAUUGAGCAGAUCCGAGGCCUGGCCGUGAGUCCCAAGUACCCCUACAUGUUCUCAGCGGGAGACGACAAGCUCGUCAAGUGCUGGGACCUCGAAUACAACAAGGUGAUUCGCUCGUACCACGGGCAUCUGAGUGGCGUGUACUGCCUUGCGCUGCACCCCAUGCUGGACGUCCUUCUCACCGGCGGCCGAGACUCCGUCUGCAGGGUGUGGGACGUGCGCACCAAGGCGCAGAUCUUUGCUCUCGCCGGCCACGACAACACCGUCUGCUCCGUCAUCGCGCAGGCUACCGACCCGCAAGUGAUAACAGGAUCGCACGACACCACCGUCAAGCUCUGGGACCUAGCAGCUGGCAAGGCCAUGUCAACCCUCACCUACCACAAGAAGUCCGUGCGAGCCCUCGCCAAGCACCCCUUUGAGAAGACGUUUGUGUCGGCAUCAGCGGACAACAUCAAGAAGUACAAACUGCCCAAGGGCGAGUUCCUGCACAACAUGCUCUCACAGCAGCGCACCAUCAUCAACACCGCAGAUGUGAACGAGGACAACGUGCUCGCCUCAGGAGGUGACAACGGGUCCAUCUGGUUUUGGGACUGGAAGAGCGGACACAACUUCCAGCAGACACAGACCAUCGUGCAGCCCGGCUCGCUUGACAGCGAGGCGGGCAUCUAUGCGAUGGGCUUUGACGUGACGGGCAAGCGCCUGCCUCAGCAGCCACAGCAGGAGCAACAGCAGCAGCAGCAGCAGCAGCAGAAGCGGAAGCAGCAGCAGCAGAAGCAGCAGCAGCAGCAGCAGCAGCAGCAGCAGCAGCAGCAGCAGCAGCAGCAGCAGCAACCCCUCCCGAACCUGUGGCAUCGCAAGCGAUUGAAAACAGCUCGCAUGGAGGACAAGAAGGAAGACAUGGAGAUGGACGGUGGGGAUCCUUCAGACGCCUUUCCUGCUGCGCAGCCAAAGGUGCUCGAGUCUCUGCACUACAGGCUCCUCAAAACCAUCCAUGAGUCGAUUCAACAGGUGGAGAUGCUCUUUGGCGUGAAGGCCUUGGUUCUGAAAGAGCAAAUGGAUGGGGGAGACGGUGAGGCGAGUGGAGAGGAAGCGAGAGGGGAGCAGAGGGAGGCGGGAGAAGUGGGAGCGGAGGUAGCGUGGGGAGCGGGGGAAGCGGAAGGUGGAGAUGCAGCAGCAGAGGUUGAGGGGCAAGGAGAGGAGGGCGGUGAGGGGAAUGAGAGUCCUGUAGCGGUGAGGGAGAACGUAGUGGCGAGAUGGGAGAAGGAUCAGAAGGAGGCGGAGUCGCGGAGGCGGAAGGCAGCGGCGCAGCAUGGGGACCUGUUGAAGUUGCAGCUGCAGGAGCUGAUCUCCUGGUGGCAGAGAAUCGAAGGGAGGCUGGGUCCCCGCGAGCAUGAUCCCUUUCAGGGCAAGGAGGCGGAGGAGAGAGCAGCGAAGGAGGAGCUCUUUGAGACGAUCCUGGCUGUGGUUCGCUUGCUGCCAGCGUUCCCGCGAGAGUGCCAGAAAAGCCUGGGAGAGAAUUGUGAUGUUGGAGGGGAGGUGUGUGGGAGGGCGGACGUGGACCUAUACUGGGUGGAGCGCGUGGUGGCACAUAAUCCCCCGGAGGUUGUAAAGAUGAUGCGCACAGAGAAGGGCAUCAAGCAGCUGGAGAAGGUGAUGUUAACGAGGAAGGUGCGGGCGAGUGAGGUGGUGGUGGAGGAGAUGGUGAGAAACGCAGCGGCACAGUCGAGGGAGGACGGCGUUGAAUCACAAGCCUGUGUGAUCAGCCUCAAGUGCCCUCUUUCCUUCGCCCGCAUCAAGGUGCCAGUGCACGGCAAGAAGUGCUGCCAUGAGAGCACGUUCGAUCUCUCGCCUUACCUUCGCAUGAACCAAGGCUUCGGGAGGAACGUUAAACGGGCGUGGCGCUGCCCUACUUGCUACCAGCAGCUGCUGUGGUCCGAGUUGUUCCUAGAUGGAUUCAUGCAAAACAUUCUCCGAGAAUCGAGCAGCAAGGUCAAGGAGGUCGAGGUGUUUCGAGGGCGGUGCAGCAGACGACGGCGGGUGCAGCGAGGGAGGACGAAUGGAGGGAACCGAACUUGCAGCCGAACCUGUAGCAGACUCUCUUCUGCUAGACACUCCUCCUCUGCUGGACACUCCUCCUCUGCUGGACACUCCUCCUCUGCUGGACACUCCUCCUCUGCUGGACACUCCUCCUCUGCUAGACACUCCUCCUCUGCUGGACACUCCUCCUCUGCUGGACACUCCUCCUCUGCUGGACACUCCUCCUCUGCUGGACACUCCUCCUCUGCUGGACACUCCUCCUCUGCUGGACACUCCUCCUCUGCUGGACACUCCUCCUCUGCUGGACACUCCUCCUCUGCUGGACACUCCUCCUCUGCUGGACACUCCUCCUCUGCUGGACACUCCUCCUCUGCUGGACACUCCUCCUCUGCUGGACACUCCUCCUCUGCUGGACACUCCUCCUCUGCUGGACACUCCUCCUCUGCUGGACACUCCUCUGCUGGACACUCCUCCUCUGCUGGACACUCCUCCUCUGCUGGACACUCCUCCUCUGCUGGACACUCCUCCUCUGCUGGACACUCCUCCUCUGCUGGACACUCCUCCUCUGCUGGACACUCCUCCUCUGCUGGACACUCCUCCUCUGCUGGACACUCCUCCUCUGCUGGACACUCCUCCUCUGCUGGACACUCCUCCUCUGCUGGACACUCCUCCUCUGCUGGACACUCCUCCUCUGCUGGACACUCCUCCUCUGCUGGACACUCCUCCUCUGCUGGACACUCCUCCUCUGCUGGACACUCCUCCUCUGCUGGACACUCCUCCUCUGCUGGACACUCCUCCUCUGCUGCCUACCCAUCCCCCCAACCAACAGCGGCAGCAGCAGUGAUCAGUGGGCGCAUGGGGUGGGUGCGCUCAGUGGCGUUUGAGAUCUGGGAGCUGGCGACAGGCAAGCUGAAGCUGACUCUCACAGGCCACAUUGAGCAGAUCCGCGUUGAGGGGGGAUCCGAGGUAAGAGGAGAGGUAACCGUCAAACUCUGGGACCUGGCAGCAGGUGAGUUCUAUGCCUCCCUCUACCAUGCGUUGCCACGCUCUACCAUGCGUUGCCACGCUCUACCAUGCGUUGCCACGCUCUACCAUGCGUUGCCACGCUCUACCAUGCGUUGCCACGCUCUACCAUGCGUUGCCACGCUCUACCAUGCGUUGCCACGCUCUACCAUGCGUUGCCACGCUCUACCAUGCGUUGCCACGCUCUACCAUGCGUUGCCACGCUCUACCAUGCGUUGCCACGCUCUACCAUGCGUUGCCACGCUCUACCAUGCGUUGCCACGCUCUACCAUGCGUUGCCACGCUCUACCAUGCGUUGCCACGCUCUACCAUGCGUUGCCACGCUCUACCAUGCGUUGCCACGCUCUACCAUGCGUUGCCACGCUCUACCAUGCGUUGCCACGCUCUACCAUGCGUUGCCACGCUCUACCAUGCGUUGCCACGCUCUACCAUGCGUUGCCACGCUCUACCAUGCGUUGCCACGCUCUACCAUGCGUUGCCACGCUCUCCCAUUCAUUGCCAUGCUCUCCCAUGCGUUGGCAUGUGGACAUGUGUGUAUGCGAGGCCAUGUCAACCCUAGCCUACCACAAGAAGUCUGUCCGAGCCCUCUCUAAGCACCCCUUCGAGAAGACGUUUGUGUCGGCAUCAGCGGACAACAUAAAGAAGUACAAACUGCCCAAGGGCGAGUUCCUGCACAACAUGCUCUCACAGCAGCGCACCAUCAUCAACACAGCAGAUGUGAACGAGGACAACGUGCUCGCCUCAGGAGGUGACAACGGGUCUAUCUGGAUAAAAAAUCCACGCCCGAGAGGUGACAAUGGGUCCAUCUGGUUCUGGGACUGGAAGAGUGGACACAACUUUCAGCAGACACAGACGAUCGUGCAGCCCGCGAGGCGGGCAUCUAUGCGAUGGGCUUUGACGUGA